AUGCCCAGCUUGACGUCUGACCGGCAGGGCGGGGCGCGGGGAGGUUGGGGAACAUCCUGGGGUGAUGUGGGGCACGCGGGGUGUCCCCUGGGGGGCCAGGAGCUGUCGGAGGUCAGGAGUGCGCUGCAGGGGAGGGGCCGUCCUGUGUUGAGACUGUCGGACCGCGGCGGUAUCGGUGUCUUGCGUGAGCCCCCUCUCUCCUGGCCUGCGGGGGAGCCCUGCUGUGCUGUGACGGGGGCGUGUGGGGACACGCGGAGGGCUGGGAUGUGGGCCGAGUUGCUCGGCGCUCUGAAGGCUGUCCUGCCGGAGCAGGUCCACAGGGCUGGGGCGCAAACCGGAGUUUCUGGGAACAUCCGGGGUCGCUGUCCUCCCGGUUGUCCGGGUGGGCGUGUGCAGGCAGGCAGCGCGGAGGGCGGGGUGUUGCCGCGGUCACAGAGCGAGACCGCGACGGGAUUGGCUGGAGCACGCCGGCAUGGGCGGAGCCGCGACGAGCAGCGGCGGCACACCAUCACCAGCGGCGUGGAUUAUGGCAUGCUGAAGCAGAUGAAGGAGCUGGAGCAGGAGAAGGACUCCCUGCUGGCGGGCCUGGAGCUGCUGGAGCGAGCCCGGGACUGGUACCAGCAGCAGAUCCACAGCGUGACCGAGAGACAGAGACUCGUAGGGCAGAGCGCCCACAGCACGGAGUUCCUCGCGGAGUCCGGUCAGAGCCGCCUCGGUGUGCUGCUGCCCAGGCUGCAGGAGGUGACCCGCUGCCUCGGCGAGCUCCUGUCCUGUCCAGCAGGGCCCUUCUCCUUGUCCCCGAGCACGCUGGCGCCCUCUGGCUCCUCGAACCCGCAGCACGGCCCCCCUAACCUGCCCCACCCCCAGCAGGCGGUACAGAGGCUGAAGGAUCAGAAUCGGCUGCUGACCAAGGAGGUGACGGAGAAGAGCGAGAGGAUCACUCAGCUGGAGCAGGAGAAGUCCGCCCUGAUCAAGCAGCUCUUCGAGGCGCGGGCUCGCGGCAGCCAGGAGGGGGGCGCGCUGGACUCCACCUUCAUCUGACACCCUUGACCACUCCGGCCGCGGCGUCCGGCUGACCUUGUACAGUGCGUGUCGGGACGGGGCCCCUGUGUGCCCGGACCGCUCUGCAGUCAUGUGUGUUUUCUUUUUGCUCUUUGUUCCCUGGUAAUAAUCCAUAACAAAAGUGACUGAGCGUGUGGGAGCAUCUCGUGUGACUGUCUGAGGGCGCGAGAGUGUCCGAGCACCUGUGUGUGUGUGUAUGAGUGUGUCUGUGUGUGUGAGUCUCUCUGAGUGAGCGAGAGUGUCCAAGUGUCUGUGAGUGUGUGAGUAUCUGUCUGAGUGUCUGUAAGCGAGUGUGUCUCCGAGUGUGCGAGUGUCUGUGAGUAUCUCUCCGAGUGUGCGAGUGUCUGUGAGCGAGUGUGUCUCUGAGUGUGCGAGUGUGUCUCUGAGUGUGCGAGUGUGUCUCUUGAGUGUGCGAGUGUCUGUGAGUAUCUCUCCGAGUGUGCGAGUGUGUCUCGGAGUGUGCGAGAGUGCCCAGCCCACGCUCUGCUGCUAUUGAACUGCACCCCUCCCCAUCUCCGACAGGCUUCCUCUUCCUCCUCCUCCUCCCUGCCUGCCGGGAUGCCAAAAUGAUCCUUCAUAAGAUCCGCUAAGGGAUUUAUUUUUUCUGUGUUAGAAGGCACCCCAUGCCUAGGUGUAUAUUCUUGACGUAAUAUUCGUUCUUAUUUGACCGUCUGGGAGUUGUGCUUGGCUGCCUCCUGUGUCCUCGAGCUGCUGGAGGGUGUGGAGCGGGUCAGAGCCCACAGGGUGGUCAGCUGGGCCACUGCUGGACUCUCCCAGUGUCUGCUUGGGGGUCCAGGGGGCCAGAUCCAGCAGGAGCGGAAACCGAAACGGAUUCAUGUGUUUACAAGGUGGCACUCAGCAGUCCCAGGGCAUGACCCGAGGAGAAACUGGCCGCACAGUGGUCAUCGGUCAGCACGGAGGACACUCCUGCACGCUGCUCUGCUAAACGGGCAGCUGGCUGACCUAUCGGUCUGCUGCAGUUCACCUGUUCGGCAGUAAAAGUCAGUGUGCAAAGAGGAGUCUCACUCGUACAGCAGUAAAUUACCUGAUCUUGGUCAUCAAGUGAGUCUGCAAAGUGUGUUAUCUCCAAGAAGUAAAGGAGUUGUUGAGCUUCUUGAUCCUUGAACUGCAGGUGAAGAAUGAAUUGGCCCUCAUAGUGAUGUCUUAUAGCUCAGGAGUCGGAGGCUGCAGGUGCAGAGCUGUGCAGGAGCUUCCUUCGCUGAGGAUCUCGCCUGCUGGGUGGUGACGUUCUCUAAUGAGCUGCUUUGGAGGGUGAUGGGAUAGGUGUGGGCUGGGCCUGUGGGGCUGGGGCUGGGGGCGUGUCCUCCGCUCUCUGGUCCCGCCUCUUUCCCCUGUAUGAAAACUCUUAUUGGUUGGGUUGUAAAUAAAAACAAAUAAAACAGUUUGAGAGGAAAAUCUGAAAUUUUACACGAUACCCACUUUUCCCGUGGCAUUUACAUUCACGACUUCAGCUGUUGGUCUGUAGCUUUUUUUCUAACUAUGUCCUUUGAAUACCGUGUGUAACUCUGGCCCGUACAGCUUCUGAGACCCUCGGUUCCUCCAGGUGAGUUUCGUUCUGUAGUUGUGGUACGGCUCCAUAUAACUCUCAUUUCCGAGUGCUGUUUUCCUACUAAAGACUGGAGCCUUUCAGCAGGGACGGGUUUUUCAGUCCAGUGAUACAUUUUUUUCCAACAUGUUAAUUUUUCAGAUUAAUUUCCUCGCUCUAUUCUCUAGCUGUCUCACAGCGGUGUGUUGAAAACGCUCCCUGCCGGUUUGCGGCACUUAAACUGGGCGAGAUGUAGUUCACAUGUUUCACCACAAGGGGGAGGAGGUAGAACUGCAUAGAGCAGUCAGUGGUGUGCUCAUUCUU